AGCCGAUUCAGUUCACCGCGCGAACCGAACAGUUAAGGAUGUGCCAAAAUGGAAUUUGGCGAUCUUCUCGAUUCAGUUUCAAAAUCCGAUCUGAAAGAUCGUUUCGGAGAGUACUUCAACAAAAGCGCCCAAAACAAUUCGACGUUGCUCGACGUUUUUGCAUUAAAAAGGCGUUUAGAAUUGAGCACCGAAUAUUUUUUGAUUCCUUCAAAACCGACGACGACCACAACGAUAAAAACAAUCGUAACAAAAGAUUCAUCGAAAAAGAUCGUUGAAAACGAAGAUUUUUUUGGUCAAAUUUCGCUGUUUAGAAAUGAACCGUGGGUGGUACCUUUACUAGCUAUUGCUGUGGUUUUAAUUAGUUUUAUUGUGUGUUUCGAAUUUUACGUACUAUUAAAAGUCUCGCGUAACACGCCGAGCCGAAGACAUUUAUUUUUAGGACAAGUACUUCUUUUAGGAGUGUUUAUGUGCGGUACUCUUGGUAUAAUUAUAGCAGCGACACCGACUCCGUUAACGUGUGCGGUUAUUCGUUUCGGUACCGGAUUAGCGUACGCAAUUAUAUUCGCCUCAUUACUCGUUAAAUGCAUCUUUUUGAUUAGUUUGAACAGUGGCGUUUAUCUCCCGGCUACUUAUCAAAGUCUCCUGUUGUUUUUCGCAAUUCUUAUUCAAAUAGCAAUUGGAACCCAAUGGCUUUUAACAAACCCGGCCGAUAUCCAAAAAAGAACUUUCGAUGUCAUCUCGAAUCAUCACACAAUGUUAGUAACCGCGGAUGAUGUCACCAAAUCGAUUGUUAUCCCAUUCUGCAAAACACAAUAUUCCGACAUCCUCUUGUCGUUAAUUUACGUUGUCUUUUUAAUCAUUUUCGUCGGUGCUUUAGCGAUGAAAUCGCGAAGUAUACGAAGUAAUUAUCGGGAAUCAACUUAUAUUGGGUUGUCGAUAUUUUGUAGUGUACCAAUUUGGUUGGUUUGGACGUUGAGUGGAUUUGUUGUACUCGAGAGACAUCGCGAUGCUUGUCUUGGACUUGGACUUGUUGUAACAGGUGCGGUUAUUUUCGCGGUGAUGUUUAUACCGAAAGGGAGACAAUUAGUUGCAACAGGAAAAGAUGGGGUUUAUUUGGAGGAUAAGGAGGAAGCUUUUAGCUCGAUUAGUAGAACUGGAUCGGGGUAUUCCCCUUCGUUCUUUCAUUUUAAACCGCCUAAAUACUCUGAGAAAAAUAUUCACCCAACAAUUAGUACAAUACAAGGCAUGUAUAUUAAUCCAGAAGAGACGAACACAUACACAAAUUUGGAGCAGACGAUGAGCAGCAACCCAAACGUGUUUUUUCAAAGUAACAAUGGCGUUCAUCCCGGAAUGAUAUAUUAAUAUAAUAAACAAUUAAAUUGUUACCCCUAAA